AUGGAGGUGUACGUCCUUGGUGAGACGAAGGCGGUGGACGCGCCCUGGGCCUUCUCAGCCGGCGCGCCGGAUUUGGACGGGAGCUGGAGCCAGGUGUUUGAGACCCUUCCAGAAUACGAGGCGGGCGCGGCCUAUCGGUUCGACUUCUGCCGCCGAAGGGCGGUGGGCCCGGGCGAGGCCGUGACCUUCGACGCCACGCAGGGUGGGAAGGUGGACAUUUUCCUUCGGGCGCGCGGCGGCGCGAGCGGCGAGCUCGAGGCCGAAGCCAUUGUCGAGGAGCCCGCGAGCCGCCCCCCCUUGCGCACCGCGCCGCUCGGGCGCCGCGGGGGCCGAUGGCAGGACCACCGUGGCCUCUCGCCACCGCCGGCGGAGGGCUGGACGGUUUCCGAAAGUGGUUGGGCCACCCACUCGACCACCAAGACUUGGAGGAGGAGGACGGCAGACAAUGGCAGCGAGCUAUUUUUCUGCAUCCCAGAGGGCAGCUGCUGGGCCGCCAUGCCAGGCAAAGGCCUCGUGCCCGUCGACACCUGCCUGAGUGUCUUGACAUGGCUCCGUGACGAAGAGUCCACAUGGCGACAGUGCUUUCAAAGCUGGAAAGAGCAUGCCGCCGCAGUCAAAGCACUGCGGCAGCGGCUGCAGGUCUUGGCUCCCUCCGACUCGCCGGACUCCAUGGGUGAGGCGACGGAGACGAUCUCGGAGCGUUUUCCUGUGAGAGGUGCCUUCCGCGCACCGCCGGCCCUGCGGCGGCAGGUGGACCUUUGCGAGACAACCGGCGAAGAGACGGGCUCCGGAUUCCGCAGCUCGCCGUGGAUGGCGCUGCUGCUGCCCCUCGCCUCGGCCCGUCCCAAGGUUGCCACAGGCUUGGCGUUGGCGCUAGCGCUGGCUGUCGGGGCGGAGGCCGUCACCUGCGGCGAGUUGAAGGACUUCUACAAGAGUGAGCAGUGCUGUGGCUCCCCCACCACGGUGUUGAGCAACCCUGUGCCGGGCACGCCAGCCUGUCCGUACAACUUCAACAAGCCCGCUUGCAGCACGGCCGAGCCUCAGACGCCUCGCGAUCUCUCAACUGGUGCAACGGGCAGCAUGGUGCCGAAGGCGGCCACGCUGACGGAUGCUCAGGCAAACUUCCUGCCGCUGGUGAACGUGCACUUCCACUUGGGGGCUGAGCAUAAGAGCGAUGCCUACAACAACGACACCGACGCGAUGGCAUACGACGCGGCGUCCUCCGGCAGGCGCCUGGCUAGCAACCCGCGGCCUGGCUUCAUGUGCCCCACGGACACGCUCACGGACGCGCAGAUGACGCCGUACACCUUUCAGCACUGCAAGGGCGACGUGCAAGUCGGCAAGUCGUACGAGGUCCACUACGUGCACUCGUCAGCCGGCACCGACAACAAUGCUACGGACGACAUGAACGCGGACCUCCUCGCUGAUGGUUUGGGAGGUGCCGCGAAUGGCCGUGGCCUUCUGAACCCUAUGGUCGUGGUGCAGGGCCAGAUCUAUCAGAUCGUGAACGGGGGCCCUACGGUGAACGACCUGCUGCAUGGUUGGACUGUCGUUGGCCACGCAAACUCAGUCAUGUACUCAGGGUCAACCACCGGCCAGUCGCACGACAACUCAGUCUGCUCUCCAUACGUCAUCACUUGGCAUGUGGACAAGGACUGCCACCAGGUUUCUCCCGAGUCUUUCGACAACCUCUGCAAGCAGAUGAAGGACCUGUACGGGAUGUCGGUUGACCUCGAACCCCACGGCUCCCGCAUUCUGGUGUCUUCGACCUACGUGGUGCGUUCCGAGUACGUUGUGCCCUUGGCAUGA